AUGAGAAACUCUUGGUCACUGUUUGGCCUCUUCAAUGCACUGCUUCUCUUUAUCUGGCUGCCGAAGAAUUCAGCGGACCCGGAUCAGUUGAAGGCUCCGAGUUCAAUACGUGCAGCAUAUGGAGAAUCUUUAACUGUGCCUUGUUGGUACGACCCUAAGUUCCGAGACUACACAAAGUACUGGUGCAGGGGGGCAAUAUACAAGCUGUGUAAGAUUGUGGUGAAAACGCCAAAGCAGCGCUAUCAUGAACGAUGGUCCAUCACUGAUGACAAAGAGGCAGGAAAAUUCAUCGUUACUAUGACAUCUCUGGAAAGAAGUGAUGAGGACAUGUACUGGUGUGUGAUUGCCAGACAUGGAAAGAAUGUUUUCUCUGGCGUCAAGCUCAUUGUGUCCGAAAAAGGUACUACACUUUCUAUUUACUUACCAGACGAAUCAUCAGAGACAAAUCAUUCCUCAACUAGAUGGUGGGAGCCUCUUCGAUGGAUCAUUUUUUUGUCACUAGUGUUGACUUUGGUACUGGCACGUGUUGUCGUGUGGAGAUCAAAAGCUACGCAGAAAAUAUUCCACACCAAUGUCUCUCAACGCUAG